AUGGCCACUCGACGCACGGCCGUCGCCGUUCCGGAAAGCGCGCCGGGCGCUUUACCCGAGGAGAAGAUUGGAACAGAAGAAGCAGAAGAAGCAGCAGCAGCAGCAUUAGAAGCAGACGAGGAGAAACCACAGAAGCAGCCGCCACCAGAGAAGGCGUCGGACGUGCAGAGGCGCAGGGCCGUGCUGAUCUCGUUCUGGCUGGUGGUGCUGCUGCUCGGCCUGCCCAUAUGGUGGAAGACGACGAGCAUCUACCGGGCAAGCUUGCCGGUGGACGAGAUGCUGGAAUGGGCCGACGGAAGGGCAUGCCGUCCGGUCUUCCCGCUGCGCAUCGCGAUCCAGGCGUCGUCCCUGCAAGACGCCGAGGCGAACCAUCUUCUGCGACUGACCCAGCACGCGCUGGACGACCUCAACGACUUUUCCGGGCACCACCUGCGGCUCGAGCUAUCGCGACACGGCGGCGAAGAGGAGGUACCCCUCGGCGGGGUUGGUGGCGACCUGGCGGUACCGGGCACGGGCGACGAUGUGGCGCUGACAAUCCGGCUGCGGCCCGGCGACGUCUCGACGGCAACACUACACCCACACUUUGCAAUCCUGGACGUGACGUACCCGGCCAACUCGAUUCCGCCGCUCAGCUCGUCGUCGUCGGUGCUGACGACGUUUAUCGCGGCGCAGCUGCGGUCCACAUUUGAAGAGGAGCAGACGAUCAUCUCAUACCUGCUGUCGGCGUCGUCGUCGACAGCGUCGAGUGCAGUGGAGCAACAGCAGCAGCAACAACAACAACAGCGGCUGGCGCCCGAGGUGGCGAUGGAGCUGGCUAAGCGGACGACGCGGUCGCUCAAGUACGCACCGACGUACCACCUGACGUUUUCGCUGUUCACGAGCGGACCGUCGCCGAGCAGCUGGGACAUUGAGGGGGCGAUUGCCGAGUACAUGCAGCCGGUGCUGACGGUUCUCAGCCCGAUCCACAACUUCACCAUGGACACACAGGUACAGCUAUACGCGACACCGGGCGCACAGGCGCAGGUGCUGAGCAAGGAGGACCUGUCGUCGUUUAUCAAUGCGGCCGAGUGGCCGCUGUCGCCGUCGAUUGCGGGUGCACCGACGAUCAACUUUGUCGUCUUUGUGGGCAACCAGACGAUCGAUGUGGGUGGCGGUCCUCUGGGGCAGACGUCACAGUCGUGGCUGGUGCCGCAGUGGGGAGCCGUGUAUCUGCUGCAGCAGCCAGCUUCCGGUGACGAGACGCACGUGUCGCAGGCCGCGCUCCGGGAGCCGCUGCUGACGUUUACGGCGCACCUGCUGUCGCUGCUGGGGACGCCGCAAUCAGGCAGCCUGCCGCUGCGGUUGUGGACGCUCAGCCGGAUCCGGUCGGCGGACUUGCUGCUGCGGGCGUCGUCGACGCUGGGCAGCCUGGCGCGGCUGUCGCUGGCGCUACGCAACAUUGCAAUACCGCCGAGCGUGGCCGAGGGAGUGGCCAGCACGAUGCGGCACCUGCGGCUGGCGUGCGACUCGCUGGGCGGAGCCGACGGGCUGGCGCACGCGCGCAUCGCCGAGGCUGAGGCUGAAAGGGCCUUUUUCGAGAAGAGCAUGGUGGGUCAACUGUAUUUUCCGGACGAGCACAAGGUGGCCGUGUACCUGCCGCUGCUGGGACCGGUGGGCGUGCCGCUGGUGAUGGGGCUGCUGAACGAGAUCAAGGCCUGGCUUCGGCGGCGGAAGGAGAGGGCGGCAGCGGCGGCGGAUAAGAAGAAGGAGUGA